AUGUCAAAAGAUGCUGGGCCUUUGAACCCCAGAACUACGAGCUAUGAGUUUAGCGGAAUCCCCGGAGUGCUGAGCAUCGCUUUCGGUCUUCCUUUACUGUCGAUUGUCCUCAACCAAAUGGUUCGUCCCGAUUACUACAUCGAGGGUGCGUUUUCCAACUUUGAUAUAGCAGAGCUCUGGAACCACAUCAAGCCUUUGAAGUGGUACUUGUCCAAUCGUGAGUUGUGGACAUACUACUUGACCUGGUUUGGAGUUUUGGCAGUCUUUUAUGUGACAUUGCCAGGACGUACGAUGGACGGGGUUGAGCUACGUGAUGGUACAAAACUACGCUACAAAAUUAACGGGAUAGCUCUCACGACAACUUUGGCUACCAUUUUGGCAAUCAGAUGGCAUUUGACCAAGGGCGAAAUGCCCGAAUUGCAGUACUUGUAUGACAAUCAAACCGACAUCUGCAUUAUCACGAUUCUUUUUGGGUUCUUCAUGUCUUUUUUCCUGUAUGCUUACAGCUUCUUUCCAUUGCUAAGAACCAACGGCCGCGGUACGAAAGAGCACAUUUUGUCCGUGAGCGGCAACACCGGAAACCCCAUCUACGAUUGGUUCAUUGGUCGGGAAUUGAACCCUCGGCUAGGUCCCUUGGACCUCAAGUUGUUUUGUGAACUGCGUCCAGGUUUGCUAUUGUGGUUUUUGAUCAACGUUGCCUGUUUGCACCACCACUACGUGCAGACCGGUGAAUUGAACAAUGCCAUUCUUUUCGUCACUUUAGCCCAAGGCUUUUACGUCUUUGAUGGUAUUUUGAACGAAGAAGGCUGCUUGACGAUGAUGGACAUCACCACCGAUGGGUUUGGCUACAUGUUGACUUUUGGAGAUCUGACCUUGGUACCUUUCACUUACACUUUGCAGGCACGCUACUUGAGUGUUUCUCCAAUCAGUCUGACCGGUCCCUAUCUGACCUUUCUGGUAGCGUUGAUGGCCCUCGGCUACUAUAUCUUCCAUUCUUCCAAUAACCAGAAAUCCCAGUUUCGUCAAGGCAAGCUUCCACACUUGAAGAGUAUCGACACAAAGAGAGGCACUAAGCUAUUGUGCGACGGUUGGUGGGGGAUGUCUCAGCACAUGAACUACUUUGGAGACUGGUUGAUCUCGCUCAGCUGGUGCCUUGCCACCGGUUUCCAGACCCCGUUGACCUACUACUACUCGUUGUAUUUUGCUGCCCUGCUGAUCCACCGCCAGCAGAGAGAUGAGCAUUUGUGCAAGAUCAAAUACGGCGACGACUGGAAGAAGUACGAGACCGCCGUGCCCUACAAGAUCGUGCCCUUCAUCUAUUAG